AUGCGAGAGCUUCGUGGUUUCCCGUCUGGGUUGGGGGCCGAGAGCGAGGGGACUGGCCCAGCGCCGCGCGUGCCUCUCGUGUCGGAUUCUUCCCCCUCUGACCGUGCACCCCCAAGAAAUUUCGAUAGGGACGGCAUACAUCCAGGUGCGUCGAGGAUUCAGAGGCUUGAAGUCAUUCAUGGUCAACUUGUAGCUGCUCUUCGGAAGGAAGCGAAGCAAGUGGCGACGCUUCUUGUCACAGGUCUCCUUCGUCCUGUAAUCAUCUGCAUGCUCACUGCAACGCUCCUGUCCUUCGUUCUGACCUCUUCUUCGUUUGCCCUUUUCCCCCGUCCCGUUUCUCCGCUCACAGCUCCCUCUCUUCUUUCGCCGUCCUCUUCGUCGGAUCCUCAUUCUUCUGAGGGAGAUGCUGCGCGCCUCCCCUCUUUCCCCUCUUCUUCGUCCUUGCGUCAAACGCGCAGUUUGGUCCGAGAUUUUUCUCGAGGCCUUGGCGCGGUGUGCCACAUUUUCAGUUCUUUUUGUGGGAUCUUUUUCUCGACGGUUUUCGAUCUGAGCUUAGACGUGCUCAUCUACGUCGCCGUUCUCACCUUUUGUCUGGCUCUUGCCGUGCGCCGAGGAUGGCAUCGAUUUCUCUAUUACGUGAUGGCUUCAUCGGCCUCUUUCAGUCUGGCUGCUGGCUGCGGAGGAGCAAUAUAUCUCUUUACAUGCAGGUAUUUGCAACCUGAGGAAGGUGGAUUCACGGCGAACGCAUCUUUCUCCAGCGACACACUUCUCGCCGACAAGAACCACGGUGUCCCUCCCGAAACCGACGCAGCGAACAGGGACGUUAUCGGUUCAGAAGACCGAAAGCGUCUGUGUUUUUUCCUGUCGCAUCUCAUCGGUCUGCUGGCGAAGAUUCCAGAACACGUCUCCACUGUCUCGUUCCUGCCACAACCGGACACUGUGCUCGUGCUUGUCGCUCUCUGGAACCUAAGUUUGGGGGGCGCAUUUGUUCUUCUCUGGCUCGCCCCCAUCGGAAUCCGCAGUCAGCUUCUCGUGGCCAUAUCAGUCGCCUCGGCCUUCACCCUCCACGUUCUUCUGCUUCACUUCGGUGUCAACUAUAGUCCGGAAUCUCCGUCGACGCCGACGACAGUGCUUCUCCUCUGUAUGGCUGCUUGGGAUCUCUUUGCAGUUCUCUCGCCAUGGGGACCGCUCCGUUGGAUUCUACAGGGCACAAGCGCUGCCGACGCCCGACCAAUGCCGUUGCUCGCCUAUGAAGCCUCUGUCGCUCGUCCCCUGCUGUCGGGUGAGUCCGUUAGAUCGGCGCCGAUGGCCCCUGAACCGACAGGACCGGGUGUUUCUUCAGUCUGGGAACGCCCUUCAGGUAUGCGUACACCCGGGGCGCUACGGUUGCAAGCUGAGCCGCGCUUACAACUGGAGCAGGGGGAGACCGCAACGGUGAUUGGCUACACCGGAAGCGAAGCACGCGUUCGGGUGCGUCUGCUGGAACCGGACAGCAUACGAAACUAUCUUGUAAAGCAGAACAUGCGUUUGGAGCCCCUGGAAGCUGGAUUUAUCAUUCAAGAUGAGCGAGCACGCGUUCACGCAGAAACCCGGAGGCGGCAGCAGGCGUCAUAUGCGUCGGCCGCACCUGGCGACAGCCAGCCUUCUUCCAGAGAAGAACGCAGCUCGCCUUCAGAGGCUCGAAGAAAACAACCUUGUCCAGCAGAAACACAAAGCAGAGGAAGUGGCGAGACGCUCAGAGGUGUCCAUGAGCUUCCGGUGGCAGCGUUCGGACAGCUGAGUGUACGCACACUCCGUGGGGCGGCGAGGGGCGGGGCAGAACCGAGAGUGAUUAGAAAUGCAGAGCGCGAAGGCGAAGGGCGUCACCGAACUGAAGCAUGCCUCGCGACUACUGGCCGAGAACUGAAGGAGACCAUAAGGGACGGAGAGAAACAGGAAGGGGGUGCGCACAGAAAAUUUUCGACACACACUGGUCCACCGAGAAACGGUGUAACCAACCGAGAAGAGCGAGGGGGCGAAACUGUAGAGGGACAACCUGCUGCGGGCCUGGCGGGCCACAGCGGUGAGGGCGAGGCAGCUGAAGAGAGGGAGAGGACUUUAGAAAUAGAGAUCGCCGUCGCCAAGCGGCAGCUACACAGGUUGCGUCGCGGCAACGGACGAGCCAUGCUGGGCCUGGGCGAUUUCGUCUUCUAUUCUCUCCUUGCAUGCAACCUGACGAGCUGGAGUUUCGAAGCUGGACUGGCAGCAAGCGUUGCUGUUUGGGCGGGGCUGGUGAUCACCUCUCUUGGAACGACCUUUGGUUCGCGCCCCUUCCUUCCAGCCCUUCCGCUCUCGAUUAUCCUCGGACUAGGAGUUGGAGCUGGCAUCUUCUACUUUGUCGAGCCCCAGGCAGAUUUUCUCAUUUCAGUGGACGCCUUCUUCUGA